AUGAGCACUGAUCUCGGUGGUACUGGCGGUGGUGGUGGCCGCAAUAACUUGGUAUCUGAGCUGCCUUUGCUUAUCCUAUCGCGAAACCAGUUUCUGGUUUGCGCUUUGGUUAUGCAAUGUAACUUCAUUUUCGACUAUGUGAAUAGGAACUCCGAACAACUGUCUCCACCUUGUUCGUCUUCGAAAAGUGAUUCUCCUUUCUCCUAA